AUGGCUCUUCCUGCAAAUAACCAUCCAAAUUUCAUCGCAAAGCACGAUGAUAUAGGCAUAGUUGCAGCAGGCUUUUCAGGCGGACAACGAAGACUCGGUGUCAGCGCGGCGCCGUCUGCAAUGAUUGAGGCCGGACUCCUCGAAGAAGUUCACAAUGACUUAGGAUACAAUAUCCACCAUGAUCAUACAGUACAUUCGUAUACGGAUCUGUAUCCUACAUCAGACCCAGAUCACCGAGGCAUGAAAAAGCCUCGAGCGGUCAGUGCAGCGAUGGAGAAGCUUAGCCAACAAGUGUGUGUAUUGACUCUGGGUGGCGAUCACUCUGUUGCCAUUGGCACUCUAUCCGGUACAGCCAGGGCCAUCCGCAAGCGUCAUGGACGUGAAAUGGCUGUCAUAUAUGUGGACGCACAUGGCGACAUCAAUACCCCUGAGACAAGUGGCAGCGGUAACAUUCACGGUAUGCCGGUUGCCUUUGUCUCUGGUUUGGCCAAGGGAGACAGCAAGGACAUAUUUGGCUGGAUAAAGGAUGAGCAUCUGAUCAAUGUGGAUAAACUCGUCUACAUUGGUCUGCGUGAUGUCGGUGCCAGUGAGAAGAAAACGUUUCAGGAAAACGAAAUUAAAGUUUUUAGCAUGCACGAUGUCAAUCGUCUCGGCAUUGGCCGCGUCAUGGAACUCGCGCUCGCAUAUAUUGGCAAUACUCCAAUUCACCUUUCGUACGACAUAGAUGCGCUGGACCCUGAGUGGGCUCCAAGCACAGGCUUUCCAGUACCGGGAGGACUGUCAUUGUGCGAGGGCGUCUUUAUUGCUGAGUGCAUCCGCGACACCGGGAAUCUAAUCGCCAUGGAUUUGGUAGAAGUAAACCCUCAGCUGGAAGUCCGUGGAGCAGAAAGGACUAUCCAAAGUGGAUUUGCAUUAAUUCGCAGUGCUUUGGGAAAUAGAUCAAUUUAG